GAGUCGCGCCUGAUCCCUCUUUGUUUCAGGGGGGCGACACGCAGUCUCCGGGUAAUAUUUGGCAUCGCCAGGUGAGCUACAGUGGGCGGCCAAAAGGAUUUGACGCCUUCGAAGCCCCGCAGCUCGGCUUGAUGUACGGCAGAUCUUCGGGGUAGAAGCAACCUCACAGGGGGGAAACACUUCCCCACACUGUAACGAGAUCUACGCCUCUCGAGCUCUCUUGAUGGCUGCGGCAUCUGGCAGCCCUCAGCUGCGACAACACAAGCCAUGUCCAACUCUUCCGACGCGUCAAAUGAACAAAAUGGGCCACUCCCAACGCUGGAGCUACCGAAUGGCUCCUUGAUCACGCAGGAAGCGGCUCUCGACACGGACAAGAACAUCGUUCAAGAAGUACGACAUGUCGAAGCGACCAAGGCCUUCUAUCGGAGGCUCUGGGCUGAAAGGGACGUCAUGAGCGCCCUCGUCAAACACCACAUAGGUUUAGGCGAUCAAUUUGACUGUUUCAUCGCACCCCAGCAUCAGUGGAUUCGAGGGAACUUCAAUGUUUGCCUACCUGUUAACGUGCGGUCGCCGGGCUCGUCCUACAAGCUCAUUCUGCGCUGCGCCAUGCCCCAUAAGCUUGCAGAAGCUCAUAAGCCUGGCAGCAUGGACGAGAAGAUGGACUGUGAAGUAGGAGCAUAUGCGUGGAUCCAAGAAAAAUGCCCUGAUAUUCGUAUCCCACAUCUUUACGGCUUCGGCUUCUCUGAUCAGCGCCACUUUACUCACGAAGCUCACCGCCCUCUAUAUAUACGCAUGCUGCACGGUCUGCGGCGCCUGUACCAUACCCUAGUCAGACGACCGAUCCUCCUGUCACGAUACACCAGGCAUGCGGCCCAAUACCGCUUCCCUACAGCGUAUAUGCUGCUUGAGGAUGUAGGCUCAGAUAGCAGCCAGAUGCUCUCCAACACUUGGAACAAGCAUCGCAUGGAUCCCGUCCGAAGGCGGAAUUUGUUUCAAGGCAUAUCCCGGCUGAUGCUUUCCCUUUCCCGCGUCCCCCAACCGAGAAUUGGGUCUUUCCAGUUUCGUGAUGACGGUACCAUCACGCUGACGAAUCGCCCUCUAUUGUGUUCCUUCAUGAUCCUUGAGAAUGAAGGCUCACCAGCGGCAAUGCAGCGAGAAACAACCUACGAAUCUAUUGAGCCCUUCAUGGCGGACUUGUUCAACUUCCACGAUAUGCGCUUCUUGUCUCAUCCCAACAUGGUCUUCGACGAUAAGGACUGUCGCGGGGAGAUGGCCGCGAGACUCUUGCUCCGAAUGCUUGCACACCGUUAUGUACGGCAAGAUCGUAGAAAUGGACCGUUCAUUCUUCAGCUUGACGAUUUUCAUUCUAGUAACAUCUUUGUCGAUACAGAAUGGAACAUUACUGCCCUCAUAGAUCUGGAGUGGAUAUGUGCUCUUCCUAUCGAAAGACUAAGCGUUCCGCACUGGUUGACCAAUUGUGCGAUCGACGAAAUACGAGAAGAGCGCUGGGAUGAAUUCAACCGCGCUCGGGAAGAGUUCAUGAAUAUAUUCGAGGCGGAAGAGCGCAAAGUUAAGAGGCAAGAUGGUCUACUCUCGGAGGCCAUGCGGGACACGUGGACAUCGGGCGGUGUGUGGUUCUGGCAAGGCAUGAUGUCCAUCAAUGCAAUGUCUACACUGUUUACGGAUCACAUCUGCCCCAGAUUUUCGACCCCUCUUUCCUUUGAAAACGAGCAGCUACUGUCGCGCUUCUGGUCUGAGGACGCUGCCGAAGUGGUCACGAACAAAGUCAAGCAGUAUGACGAUUAUACAGCAGAGGUAAGGGCUCUGUUCGAAAAGAAUACACUUAGCCCUUGACGCUGGCUGUCAUAUCACUCG